AUGGCCGACAACCACUAUGUAUCGUACGCUGAGAAUCUCAUGAAAUACAUGAAGCUUGACCAGAAGGGAAACGCCAUGGCGGAGUACAUCUGGAUCGAUGCUCAUGGCCACGUUCGAUCCAAGAGCAAGACCAUCACAUCGAUUCCCAAGGAUGGCGACAUCAAGCCCGAGGAUCUCCCCGUCUGGAACUUCGACGGUUCUUCUACCGAUCAGGCUCCCGGUGACAACAGUGAUGUCUAUCUCCGACCUGUCGCCGUCUACCCUGACCCCAUGCGAGGUGUCCCUAACAUCUUGGUCCUGGCUGAGUGCUGGAACGCCGAUGGCACCCCCAACAAAUACAACCACCGUCACGAAUGUGCCAAGUUGAUGGAGGCCCACAGCAGCCAUGUACCAUGGUUUGGUCUUGAGCAGGAGUACACUCUCUUCGAUAUGGAGGACCGACCUUACGGUUGGCCCAAGAACGGAUUCCCUGCUCCCCAAGGUCCUUACUACUGUGGUGUCGGCGCAGGUCGGGUUAUGUGUCGUGACAUCGUCGACGCACACUACAAGGCCUGCCUGUAUGCAGGAAUCAAGAUCUCCGGUACCAACGCCGAGGUUAUGCCUGCCCAAUGGGAGUUCCAAGUCGGUCCCUGCGUGGGUAUUGAGAUGGGUGACCAGCUUUGGAUGGCUCGGUUCCUUCUCCACCGUGUCGCCGAAGAAUUCGGUGCCAAGAUCUCUGUCCAGCCCAAGCCCAUCCCUGGCGACUGGAACGGUGCGGGUCUCCACUCCAACUUCUCCACCAAGGAGAUGCGUGUUGAGGGCGGCAUGAAGCACAUUGAGGAAGCGAUCAAGAAGCUCGAGGGCCGACACAAGGAGCACAUUGCCGUGUACGGUGAGGGCAACGAUUUGCGCCUGACAGGCCGACACGAGACUGGUGCUAUCGACCAAUUCAGCUUCGGUAUCGCGAACCGGGGUGCAUCCAUCCGUAUCCCCCGAGAAUGUGCCGCCAAAGGCUACGGUUACUUCGAGGAUCGACGACCAGCCUCGAAUGCCGACCCGUACCAAAUUACGGGCAUAAUUAUGGAGACGAUUUUCGGUGCGGCGGAGUAGGUUGGAGGAUACCCCUUUCGUUAUGAAUUUGCUUUACGGCGGAGCCACGUUACUAUAGAACGGUAGUCUCUAAAGACAUGAAUUGAUAAGGAUACAUUAAUUAUGAAUAUCACCUUUGUGCCAAUUUUCUUGAACUUACCCGUGGCCGUCAGUGUAUGAUGCCUGCCUAGGUGCCUAGUGAAAGGGGAAGUUGUUAUCAUGAGGUCAGCCUCUUUUUUCUACAACAUAUCACAGGGAUUGGCGCCGAUCAUGAAUAUUCAGGGUUUCCCAAUAACUAAUACUAAAUGGUUUCAAUCACUACCGCAUAGGUAAAUGACGGCAUGAUUAAAGGCAAGACGCUUCUUUGCAGAUAUUUGAUUAUAUGUCUAAUGCCCUAUCAUAUGCUAAGGGUUGGAUC